AUGAGGACGCUAUUAUCCUUCUUGUUGCUUGCGCUAGCGAGCGUAGUGGCUGCCAUCAGCACAUCUGGCAACAGGUUGCUGGUUGUCCUGGACGAUGUCGCCGACAAGGCCACCUACUCCAAAUUCUUCGCUGAUCUAGCAGAACGAGAAUUCAAGAUCACUUACGCAACACCAAAGAGCGACUCCCUGAACCUCUUCAACCUAGGCGAGCGCACCUACGAUCACGUCCUUUUCCUGCCCGUCCACACCAAGGGUCUCGGCCCCAACCUGACGCCCAAGACCCUCCUCGACUUCGUCAACGCCCAGGGCAACAUUCUGCUGGCUCUCAGUGCCAACACGACCACACCCACCUCGCUCGUCUCCCUCCUCUCCGAGCUCGACAUCACCCUGCCCGCCGACCGGAACAGCCUCGUCGUUGAUCACUUCAAUUACGACAUCACCAGCGCCGCCGAGAAGCACGAUGUCCUCCUUCUCCCGGCGCCCAAGCCCGUCCGCGCCGGCAUCAAGGACUUCUUCAGCGAGGAUGCCGGAAGCAAGCUGAUCGCCUUCCCGCGCGGCGUUGGCGCUGUCCUCGGCAACGGCGAGCUUCUCAACCCCAUCCUGCGCGCCCCGCGCACCGCUUACAGCUACAACCCCAAGGAGCAGGCCGAAGUCGUUGAUGACCUCUUCGCGGCCGGCCAGCAGCUCUCGCUAGUGUCAACGGUGCAGGCGCGCAACAACGCGCGCGUGACGGUGGUCGGCUCGGCCGAGAUGUUUCAGGACAAGUGGUUCGACGCCAGCGUGACCAAGCUGGACGGCAAGCCUGUCGUUCAGACAUUCAACAGGGAGUUUGCCAAGCGCGUUUCCGGCUGGACGUUCCAGGAGAUUGGUGUGCUCAAGGUUAACUGGGUGGAGCACCAUUUGGAGGAGGAAGGAGCGCCGAAUGAUUCUAACCCUGAGAUGUAUCGGGUGAAGAACAAUGUGUCCUACACAAUCUCCCUCGCCGAAUACGCCUGGGACCACUGGAUCGGCUUCAACGUGCCCGAGUCCGACGAGGUCCAGCUCGAGUUCUCCAUGCUCUCGCCCUUCCACCGGUUGAACCUCAAGGAGGAGUCGCACCGCCUGGCCGCCAUGCACUACGGCACCGUCUUCACCAUCCCGGACCAGCACGGCAUCUUCAACUUCAAGGUCAACUACAAGCGGCCCUUCCUGACCAACAUCGAGGUGAAGAACACGGUGUCGGUCCGCCACAUGGCCCACGACGAGUGGCCACGCAGCUACGUCAUCAGCGGCGCGUGGCCGUGGAUUGCCGGUAUCGGCGCCACGGUGAGCGGCUUUUUGGGCUUCGUGGCGCUUUGGAUGUAUAGUGCCCCUGCUGUUGCCAAGGGGAAGAAGGUUACUGUUAAGAAGACGCAGUAG